AUGGAAAUUGAAGUGUCGUCUCAAUCAGCAGGUUUGGCAGCUUUCAGACUAUCCAUCCCAGACACUUGUGAUGCACCUGUAAACCCAACUCAUCUUCUAAACCCUUCUGUUCAAUCGUCGCCUGUAGCAUCACCCAUACAAUCACCUGAUACAGGCCUGGAAAGUAAAACACUCAAAUCCAUCAUUGAUUACCAUUGCUUGCAUCCUAAUCCAUCAUCCUUACAUCUGUUACCUACCCCCAUUGAAGUUUGCAGUUUAGCAUGUACAUCUCCAAUGAUAAUUCCUAAUACAAGUAAGUCGCAUUACCCUAAUCUGCAAUCCAAGAAUACCCAGAAGUUUAAUAAAUUCUAUGUCCCAGCCUGGAUACGGACUGAAGUUAACCGGUUGUUUGAUUUUGGUAUCAAACUUGUCAUUAGCUUCCCCACAAUGCCGAAUCAUACUAGGAAAUUCUUAAUUUCAAGGAUUUCCAGCUCCGGACCUGUUAUCAAACCAAUUCCCAUCCUGCCAACAAAGAAACAAAUCCAUGAAGAUUUUGUUGUCCAGAAUGUUAUUUGUGUUGAUGGUGUAGAUAAUAUAUCCGUGCACGAAGAGCGUCAGUAUGCACUGCCUUUACCAGACACAAACACGCCUGAAUUUCCACCUGGUUUUGAACCCCUUACAGAGGAUAUCUCAGGUACUCCUAGCACUGUGCUAUGGUUGAAGUUAAAAGCACUUAAAGAGAAGCUAAAAAUCUGGAAGAAAGAGGUAUUUGGUCACACCAACACGAGGCUGAAUGCUAUUCUCUCUGAUAUUCAAACACUUGAUGGAAUUAUGGAAGAUAAUAUUCUUAAUGAAGAGGAGCGGAUUAUGCAACUUCAAAACAAAGUGGAAUUUGAGAAGAUUUCAAAGAUGGAGGAAACUGCAUGGAAAAUCAAAUCAAAUACUAAAUGGUUACAAGAAGCAGAUAGGAACACAUCAUUCUUCAUCAGUAACGCAUCUGCUAGAAGAAGAUACAACGGAAUCAGACAACUUUACAUUGGUGAUGAAUUGGUUUCUGACAGAGGAAGGCUUGAAGAUCAUAUAGUGAAGUACUAUAAAACACUAUUUACUGAAGAAGAAGUUAUAAGACCUGAUUUAGAGGGGAUUGAAUUUGAUUCUAUCACCUCUACGGAAGCUUCUAUUUUAGAAGCUAAUUUUACUGAAGAAGAAGUUUUGCAUGCUAUCAGUGACAUAGCUAAUGAUAAAGCUCCGGGUCCGGAUGGUUUUCUUAUACUCUUCUUUCAGAAGUGUUGGCGUUUUAUCAAGGAAGAUAUUAUGAGUACGGUAAAAGAAUUUUGCACUACAGGUACUAUCAACUCUAAACAUAACUCUACUUUCAUUACUCUUGUACCUAUAAAAGAUCAUAUUGAGACUAUAAAUGAUUGUAGACCUAUUUGUCUUCUUACAAGCGUCUACAAGAUCAUAGCAAAAGUUCUAGCUACAAGGCUUAAACUUGUUAUGGAUAAGCUCAUCUCUCCGGUGCAAUAUGCAUAUAUUGAAGGUAGGAAAAUAAUUGAUGGUACAUUAAUUGCUAAUGAGUUGGUGGACUCCAGACUUAGGUCUGAAAAACCUGGAAUUGUGUGCAAAAUUGAUCUUGAGAAGGAUUUUGACAGAAUAAACUGGAGAUAUCUCGAAUUUGUAUUACAACAAAUGAGUUUCAGCAAGAAAUGGUGUGAUUGGUUGAGGUUUUGCUACUCUACUUCUUCAUUUUCGGUUCUUAUUAAUGGGUCUUCAUUCGGAUACUUCACUAGUACUAGAGGUGUAAGACAAGGUUGUCCGGUUUCUCCUCUUCUGUUUAAUGUUUCUAUGGAAGGUUUUUCUAGAUUCAUAGAUAAAGCAGCUAAUCAAAGUUUAUUCAGUGGAUUCUUUGUUUCCCCUACAAGCAUCAUAGUUAAUCACCUUCAUUAUGCAGAUGACACUAUUUUCUUUGUGGAUAAUAACAAGGAAGAGUUACUUAACUUAUUCUCUGCUUUACAUUGCUUUGAGUUCAUCGCUGGUCUAAAGGUAAAUACAUCUAAAACUAGACUCAUUGGUGUGGAGGAUGUACCUGACUUAGCUAUCUGGGCUGAGGAAUUUGGUUGUUCAACUGAUUGCUUACCUUUUAUGUAUCUGGGGAUGCCUCUUGGCUCUGCUUCAGUUAUCAAGAUCCUAGAAAAGAAGAUGCGUAAUUUCUUGUGGGAAUACAAGGAUGGUGCAAAGACAUCUCAUUUAGUUAAUUGGGACAUGGUCCAUGCAACUAAAGAGAGAGGUGGUUUUGGUGUUUGCAAUUUUAAGCUAAUGAAUCAAGCACUAUCGGCUAAAUGGUGUUGGAGGUAUGGUGUUGAAAAGAAUAAACUCUGGUACAAAAUUAUAGUAGACAAAUAUGGGGAUGAUUUCUCCUUUUGGAAUCCCGGUAAAAUAACUCAAUCUUAUGGUGUUUCUUGUUGGCGGAGCAUUGCUGAAAUGGCAGGAUUAAUCUACGAUAACUGCACAUUAUAUUUACAUUCAGGUAGAGGAAUUUCCUUUUGGAAUGAUGUAUGGUGUGGUCAACUUCCUCUAGCAGCUGUUUAUCCAAAUUUGUAUAAGUUAUCAAGAGAUAGAAACGUCAAGUUAGCAGACAUGGUAUCUUCGAACGGUAAUUGGAAGUUUGAUUUCAAGAGAGUACUUCAUUCUUUAGAGGUUGAAGAUUACGCUGCACUUCUAACUGUUAUUGGCGACAACCCACCAUCUCGGGAUGGAUUGCCAGACACGAGAAGAUGGAGACUCAACACCACGGGGGUCUUUACAGUCAAAUCACUUUAUGCAAAACUGGUUAGUGAAUUCGGUGUCGACAACUUUCCGUAUCAUUUUAUUUGGAAGUCUGCAAUACCUCAUAAGAUCAAUAUCUUAAUGUGGAGUCUAAUUCAUGGUAAACUGAAUACCAUAGAUUUACUUCUACACAAAGGUUUGAACUUGUAUAAUUCUUGUGCUUUAUGUGGAAUUGGUGCUGAGUCGCAAGACCACUUAUUUCUCCAUUGUAAGAUUGCAUACAAGAUAUGGUUUAGCCUGAUCCCAAAAACAGGUUGGGUGAGGGUUCUGUCUGGUUCUAUGAAGAUCUUAGCAGAUAUGUGGCAUCACCAUUUAUUCUCAAGCUCUGAUGAUGACUUGGCUAACGAAGUUAAAUCUGCAGUCCUACCUUGGGUAGCUGCAACAGGACAUCGUAUUCACUUGAGUUUCUCAAGUUCUGUAUUAAAUACCAGGGAUUCUAUCUUCAUGUAA